GCGUGACGGUCUUCAACUUGAAGAGAGAGUGGAGGUGAGGUAUUGCCAUGAAACUGGAAAGGGUAUCCCUGCAAUUGCCAAUGUGUGUAUCCAUUUGCAAGGUGCGAAAGAGGUGGAAGGACGGAAGAACAGAAACAAAAACGAAAAGGAACCAUCCGUCUGGCCCAGAGCUUGGCAACGUGCCGUGUGAAAAUGGGGAGUUGAUCCAGAGUCCCAAACAGUAGAACACUAAGGCAGGGUUCCAAGGUUAGGUCCCUGUGCAAUGUAAGAUCCUCACAGAGAGGGCCAGGGCACCCAGCGCCAGCCAGGUCUGACAGGUUGGGCGACCUGCACGAUACAAGCUAAUAUUGAUCUACAC